AUGCAACCCACAGAAGAAACGCAGAAACUUGUCAGAGCGGCCCGGUUAGAGGAGAAGCUUCAGCGACCCGAGAACCAACUAAAUGCCCUGAGACUUGUCCAAGCACUUACAAUUAAGGAGAUAUAUGGUGCUAAAAGGCAACUGGACUUAAUCGAAGUCGGAUUCAGUAAGCUCCAAGAAGCUAGCAUUGCGGAAGGUAAUCGCAAUGGAACUGUCGAAAAACAUUUGGAAGAACUCCGAAGGGAUAGGGAGAACUUUCAGCUGCUGAUAUCCGAGGCAGAAGCAACUACCAAGAAUACUAAAGACGAUCUCGACGGCCUCCGGGUUAAGCUUAGAGACGAGUAUUUCAAACUAACCGCGGACAAUACCAGGUUUAGUAAAGACAUCAAGAUGCUCACUAAACAGAUGGAUCACCACCAAGAACAAGUAUCCACUGUUGAGAAGGCCGUCGAGGAUUUUCGCUCAACGCUACCAAACCCUCAGGAUAUCACUACAAUAACCGAAACUCUGGCUCGCAUAGAACCCAUGGUGAAAUCCCUGUACGAGAAACUCGAUUCUGUAUCUAGGAUCACCCUUGACCAGAAACAAGCAUUGGAGGAGACUAUCAGCGACCACGCGAGGAUCCGAGAGUUUCUUGAAGGCUUCAUCCCCAGACAAGAUGACUUUUUCCAAUUCCUCGAAAAGGUCCCCGAGAUGAUUUCAUCAGGAGAUUUAUCCCUGAACGGGAUGGCGAACGACGAAAACUCAAGCCAACUAGCAAAUUUCAGUACUUCGUGUCCGCAACCGCCACAGAAAGCAGUUCUAAUGCUCGAGCAAUACAACCACUUCAGCCACUCAUAUCGAAUCAAGCAUCCCAAGAGCGAGGCCAGGUUUAUUAGACAGUAUCUCAAGAAGAUAGACCAUAGGGCCGCAUGGCUGGUCCAGAUAAAGCUCCAACAGGAGUAUCCUGAUCUAGUGGAACCACUUCAAUUCCCUGAAAUAAGCAACAGAACGGAUGUGGUGAUAUUCCUCGACAUCGAAAAACUAACUUGGAACCACAUCAAGAUCAUAAUGCGUCGGAUCAACGGUAGGGAAUUGUUCAAUCUAUUGGAGAUGGCUGAACAGGGGGAGGGUACGUCAUUGCCUUGUAACAGGCUAAUGAUAGAGACACCGUAACCCAGAUUCACGCCUACUUC